AUGGUCAAUGUCAGUGUCAACGAUUUCAGGAAAAGGUACAAUAUAUAUUCAGAAAUAUUCGGUAAUGAAAGGUUACACGACACUUUCCCUGGCCAAAAUACCGACGCAUUCGUCAGCGAUAGAAUAGAGGACCUCAAACAUUUGGAUUCCCUUAUAGACACUGAAGAUAUCACAAAUGAUAUCAUACAUGCUGAUCAGGAGUCCCCCAAAGUCACAAUGGCAAAGGAAUUCAUUCUGAGCCAAAGAACUUCCAUAAAAAAUGUAGCUGAUACUCAGAGUCUAUCAAGUGCUGAUAAUACCUCAGUCGGUAGUCCCAAAAAACAGUCCACCAUUGAGAAUCCCGUCACCCACAGUAGGAGCCAUAGUCAAACAUCCUCCUCCUCGGCAUCGACUUCUACUAGACAAAGCUCAGGUAAUGCCACCAUACAAUCUGCAUUUGCAUCAAAAUCUACAAAUUAUAGACCACCUCAGCCAAAUCAAGAUGUAGAAUCUCAAAAAACGAAGAAUAGCAACAACGGUACAUUCAUACCAAAGAGGAAACCUUCUUUACCUCAACUUGCCAUAGCGGGAUUGAAGAAGCAACCGAGUUUUUCAAGUGCUUCAAAUACUCCAACUCAAUCCACAUCAAGAAAAUCUCCAUUACAAGGUUUCGGUCUCUUUUCAAGAUCAAGUUCAAAGGACUUAACAGAACAUUUAAGUAAUCAGGCCCCCACGGCAACUUCACCAAAACUUUCUCAAGGUGCAGCCCGUCGUAGCAGCAGUUUACUAUCUUUAAAUGCUUCUACAUUGAAAAAUUUAACAUCUUCAUUACAAUCAAGAUCAUCUCAUGAUAAUACCAUCACUACUAUCGCGAUAAACAGUAACACUUCAAGAAAAACUUCAUCUGCAGAAGCCAAUUCUACACAAGCCUUCUAUCGUCAAUACGCUUCAACAAAAAGCUCUCAAACUUUGAAUUAUGCUGACUUACAUGCUUCUUCUUCUCAUAAUAGUAACAUCAAUGACCCAGUUGGACUUGGUAUCCAAACAAGAAGUUCAUCUGCCUCUUUAGCAACAAAGAGAUAUACAUCUGGUUCAUCAACCUCUUUUUCAACUUUCCACAAUAGUCAUAACUUUCAUACUCAAUCACAUCAUCACAGUCGUCGUAAUAGUAUGACUCCUUCCACCACGCCAUCAUCAAAAAGAAUGACUAGAACCUCUUCAAGAAAAUCUGCUAUAUAUCCAGCCUUAUUGUCAAGGAUAGCCACUAAAUUUAAAGCCAAGAUUCAAUUAGGUGAAUAUAAGAAGGAUGGUAUCUUGUAUCGUGAUUCCUUCUCUGGUAAACAUGCUGUUGACGUCAUUUGUGCUAUAAUAAGGAAUCCUGAUCGUAAUAUCGCUCUUUUACUGGGUAGAUCCUUGGAUGCACAGAAAUUGUUUCAUGAUGUGGUUUAUGAACAUAGAUUACGCGAUUCUCCCAACGAAAUUUAUGAAUUUACGGAUAAUUCAAGAUUUAUUGGGCCAGGAAAUACUGGUCCCAUGAGAAUCAGCUCACAGGAUCCAUUAUUACUGCUUUCUAACUCAAGUAAACAAAACUUGGAAUAUUCUGACCAAUUAGUAUCAUCAACAUCUACAUCGUCACUAAGUAGUGGACAAACUUUAACUAGAGAAAAUCAGCAUUUAGAAGAAGAAAAUAAAGAAGUCACUCCAUUACACAACGUUAAUGGAAUAUUCACCCUAUUAGCUGAAUGCUAUUCACCAACUUGUUCCCGUGAUAAGCUUUGUUACUCAAUCUCAUGUCCAAGACGUCUAGAGCAACAAGCAAGAUUAAACAUAAAACCUAACGGUGGUCUAAAACGUAACAUUUCAAUGGCAUUAGAAGAUGAUGAAGUAGAAAAGCCUUCAUGGACAAGUUCGGUAUCAGAAUCUGUUUGGAAAAAUUUAUCUAAGAAGGAAAUUAAAAGACAAGAAGCAAUAUAUGAAGUGUUUACCACUGAAAAAAACUUUGUUAAAUCUUUAGAAACUAUAAGAGACACUUUUAUGAGAACUUUAUCGGAAACAAAUAUUAUUCCUGUUGAUAUUCGUAAAAAUUUUAAUAAACACGUGUUUGCACACAUUAUGGAUAUUUAUUCAGUUAAUAGAAGAUUUCUUGAAGUUCUUAGCGACAGACAAAAAUCUUCUCCUGUUGUCCGCGGGAUUGGUGAUAUUUUACUAAGAUUUAUACCAUUUUUCGAACCUUUUGUUUCAUACGUUGCAUCAAGACCAUACGCUAAAUAUUUAAUUGAAACACAAAGAUCGGUAAACCCCUACUUUGCAAGAUUUGACGAUGACAUGAUGAAUUCGUCUUUAAGACAUGGUAUCGACUCAUUUUUAUCUCAGGGUGUCUCCAGGCCCGGUCGUUAUAUGCUUUUAGUAAAAGAACUUAUUAAAUCAACAGAUGAGGAAAAGGAUAAAAGAGACCUCGAGUAUUUGAAUAAAGCAAUGGAUGCAUUGCGUCAUUUCAUGAAAAGAAUUGACAAAGCUAGUGGCGCUGCUCAAGAUAGACAUGACGUUAAAUUGUUGAAACAAAAAAUACUAUUCAAAAAUGAAUACGUUAAUAUGGGUCUAAACGAUGAAAAACGUAAAAUCAAACACGAAGGUGUACUAUCAAGAAAAGAAUUAUCCAAGGCAGAUAAUACAACAGCGGGUGACAUCCAAUUCUAUUUGUUAGAUAAUAUGUUACUGUUUUUGAAGGCAAAAUCGGUCAACAAGUGGCAUCAACACAAAGUCUUUCAAAGACCUAUUCCAUUACCAUUGCUAUUUGCAUGUCCUUCUGAAGAUAUGCCUGCUUUGAGGAAAUAUAUUGGUGGCCAACCUGAUUCAUCCGGUACUAUUAUUCAACCGGAGUAUAAUUACUCAAAUACUCGUAACGCCAUCACAUUUUUAUAUUAUGGGGCAAAACAAAGAUAUCAAAUUACAUUGUAUGCCGCUCAAAUUGCGACUUUACAAACACUAUUAGAUAAAGUUCGCGUUGAACAGCAAAGGAUUAUUAAUGAAACAGAUAUGAUAAACGUUACCAAAAUUAGUGAUAAAUUUUUCGAUUACAGUAACAAGAUUAAUAGCGUCACAUCAUGUGAUGGUGGUAGAAAAUUACUUAUCGCAACUAAUUCAGGCCUUUAUAUGAGUAAUAUUAAAAGGCAAGAAAUUAAUACUGCAAAUAAUAAGAAAAAACCGUCGAUUUCAUUUUCUAUUCCUAUACAAUUGGUUCAUAGAAGCAACAUCCUGCAAAUCGCUGUUCUUGAUGAGUUUCAGACAAUUAUCCUACUUGUUGACAAAAAGUUAUAUUCUGUUCCAUUACAACUAUUACAGGCUGAUAAUUCAAAUACGGGAACAUCUUACUUCAAGAAGCAUAGUAAGGAGUUAAUUAAUCACGUGAAUUUCUUUUCUGAAGGUGACUGUAAUGGUAAAAGGUUGAUUGUAACGGCACAUAGUUCAUCACAUUCUAUUAAAUUUUUUGAAUUAGAACACCCACUUCUAUCAAAUAAUAUUAAUAACAAUACUAAUAAAAAGAAUAUUAAAAGAAAAAUUACUGAGGUCACCUUUGAUUCAGAACCUGUCUCCAUAUCUUUCCUGAAAGCGAACUUAUGUAUUGGUUGUAAGAAAGGUUUCCAAAUCGUGAGCAUCUCUCAGAAUGCUCAUGAAUCAUUAUUGGAUCCGGCAGAUACAUCGCUAGAGUUUGCUUUAAGAGACACUCUCAAACCAAUGGCAAUUUAUCGUGUCGGCAAUAUGUUUUUGUUGUGUUACGCUGAAUUUGCCUUUUUUGUAAAUAACCAAGGGUGGAGAAAGAAAGAAUCACAUAUUAUUCAUUGGGAAGGGGAACCUCAAAAGUUUGCCAUUUGGUAUCCCUAUAUAUUGGCUUUCGACUCUAAUUUUAUUGAAAUUAGAAAGAUUGAUACUGGUGAAUUAGUUAGAUGCAUAUUAGGAGAUAAGAUAAGACUGCUGCAAACAAACACUCAAGAGGUUUUGUACGCUUAUGAAGACUCAAGAGGCUAUGACACGGUAGCUUCGUUAGACUUUUGGGGCUAA